UGACUUGAUUUGGCGUUUGUAUCAUGGCGGAAGCGGUUGUAGAAACAUCAUUCAUGGAUCCUUUUAAAGAUAUUCUGGUUAAUUAUUUAAUGCCAGAAAAAUGUUACGACGAGUUUUUUUUACAGUUCAAUCUUCUGCACGUGGAUUGUCUGAAGAUUGUAAUCAGCAAAGGCCUGGGCAUUGGGAUCAUUCUUGGUUCUGUUUUAGUAAAACUACCUCAGAUUCUAAAGCUGACUGGUGCCAGAAGUGCUGAGGGACUGAGUUUUAACUCCGUGCUACUGGAGCUGUUUGCUAUCACAGGCACCAUGGCAUACAGUAUUGCCAACAGCUUUCCUUUCAGUUCCUGGGGUGAGGCACUUUUCCUCAUGUUUCAAACUGUGACCAUUGGUUUCCUCAUACAGCACUAUGGAGGAAACUCCAUCAAAGGUUUGGGGUUUCUGGCAGUCUACUUUGGUCUGUUGGCAGUCAUACUCUCUCCCAUGACACCAAUGUCCGUUGUUACUACCAUGCAAGCCUCUAAUAUGCCAGCCAUCAUCUUUGGACGGUUAAUUCAGGCUGGUACUAACUACAGAAAUGGUCACACUGGACAGCUGUCAGCUAUUUCAGUGUUUCUGCUGUUUGCAGGCUCCUUAGCACGCAUAUUCACUACAGUGCAGGAAACGGGAGAUUCCCUCAUGGCUGUCACCUACAUCAUCUCUUCUUCCUGUAAUGGUGUGAUCGCAGCUCAAGUCCUCUACUACUGGAACAGCAGCCCUGCCCUCAGAAAGAAGACUGAGUAGAUCUAAAGAACAGGCAAAUUCAGCGACCACUUAAGUCGACAAAGUGCACUGGACAGUCGAUUGGGGAAUUAGAUGUAUUCUAAUCAAAAUGACGGUUCUUGUGAAAUUAAGCUCUGUCCCUUGGUCACUUGUUAAAAGCAUUUAUUGUUAACAUAUCACUGCUUGCAGGCAGGUACAAAUACUGUAUAAUGCACACAUUGACGUAUUCCAGGUGCCCUGAAGUGGACCAAAAAGCCAGUAUGGUGAGGGGUCCUUCUAUAAUUAUAGAACUUUUUUCCCCUUUUUAUGGUAGUGGGCUUUUUCAGUGGGCCAUUUUUUUAGCUCAGGGAAGGGAGUAAUGUCCACAGUAUUCUGUAAUUCAAUCAUAUUAAAUCUUCAUGUAUUAUUAGUGACAUACUGUCGUACUGCUCACUUUACCCUGGCUCACUGAAUAUUCACUAAAACCCAUGUAGCCAUUUUGAAUUCAACAACAAAUCUGUGAAAAAGUCUGCCAAGACGUUUUGUAAAUAUUAAUUUCAGAAUUGUAAAAUUGACAAAAAUACUUUAAAAGUGCACAUAUGAAAAUAUGUGUCAUCAUAUGCUAAAGGCAGCCCUAUUAGAACAUGUUAUCCCCACAAGGGAUCAAUAGUUUUUUUUGUUCUGUGUAGACAAAUCCAACCAUAUGGACACUAUUUUACAAAGUCUUCCAGAACAUAGAAAUGCCCAUGUUCCUAGAAAAGACAUUCUGUUGUACUUGACAAAAUACUUUUUUUUUUUUCUUUUUUUUUUCUUUAGUUAAUGUAUAGAGACUAGUGAAUCAAUUACUGUUGUCUUUCUUAAAUUGCAAUGGUAAUGUUGCAGUGGUCAUGACAUAGUACAUGUAGCCAUGCUGUUGAGUGUCAUCACAACUAAUGGGAACUUGGCAAAAUAAGAGAAAUUCACGUCAAAGCACUUUUUUGUUGUUGUAGACGGUAGUGUUCACCCAUCAAAAGCAAGUUUCAAGCUGUCUGCUGGUAAAAGGAAAAUUUAAUUUGAAUGAUGGAAAUUGCAUAUUUGCACACAUUACAUUUGAGAAUUUAUUUUCCUUUUUUGCUUGUGAACAUCUGUUCAUUGUUGGAUUUAUAUUCAUGUAUGAAAUAUUACAAAUGGCUGUGAUUACGGGUUUUUCCAUAUCUAAAGUUGCAAUGUACUUUUGACCAUUGAGUAAAACUUUUCCAUCAGAUAAUUUGUAGUGUUCGUUGUGUUAAAGGCUUCAAAAAAGACAAACAGUUGUAGAAAAAACAUUUAAUAAAUAAGCUUUUAUUCUUA